AUGGAAUUAAUUGUUCUUGUUGUAAUCUUUGUGCCUUGUCUCUGUAUAGGUGCUGAUGUAGAGCUGACAACCUCCUCCUCUUCUGUCAAUGAAGGAGAGUCCCUCACCUUGACCUGUUCUGUGAGUGUGGACGGUGUUGUAGAUGCCACGUUUUUUGAGGAUGGUGGGAAAUAUCUAGGUUAUGUAAAGCUGGUUGACGGAAGGUGUGAGGACGCUAGAAACAACACCUGUAAACAACAGUGUUCCUGCUCAGGAGAUGGUAGAACCUUUUUCUGGACGAUUUCAAACUUGGAUAGAUCGAUGGACGGAAGAGGGUUCAUAUGUGGUGUUAACUCUACUAAAGCUAUAUACAGCAGUGUACGUCGGAUCCGUGUGCUAUAUCCACCAACUGGAAGCGUCAUUUUGUCGCCAUCUGGAACAUACACCAAUGUUACCGGUACAACAGUGGCACUCGAUUGUCAAGUAAAGGGAGGUAACCCCCUGGCUACACUAUCGUGGGAAUGCAAGGGGUCACCAAGGACCGGACAUAGCUGGACCAAUUCCGGCAUUGCUAGGUCCAGACUGCAGUUAACAAUCGACGAAUCCUACCACCGACGGCAGUGUGUGUGUACCGCAAAACACCAGGGUAGUGUGUUCCAUGAAGGGGCUGUGGAGUUUAAUGUGAUUUAUCCACCAACAAGAAGCGUCGUGUUGUCGCCAUCUGGAACAUACACCAGUAUUACCGGUACAACAGUGACACUCGAUUGUCGAGUAGAGGGAGGUAACCCCCUGGCUACACUCUCGUUGGAAUGCAAGGGGACACCAAUGACCGGGCAGAAUGGGACCAAUGCCGGCGUUACUAGGUCCAGACUGGAAUUAACAAUCGACGAAUCCUACCACCGACGGCAGUGUGUGUGUACCGCCACACACCAGGCCAGUCCUAAUGGAGUGUACGGUACAGAGUCUGUGGAGUUUAAUGUGAUUUGUAAGUAUGACAUAUUUUUUCUGCAUAAUCUCUGUUGA